UUUGACAGGUCUCUGUUUUUCAACAAACAUUAAAAAAUAUAUAAAAAAAAACUCAAGAUUUUCUCCUAUCAAUCGAUUAAAAAUUAUCUUAGAUUAUAUUACAUUUUUAGUUAUUCAUAAGUUGAAAUCUAGUCGCAGAAGCACUGCCAAAUAACUCGCGAGUGUCGGAUAACAUGGGUCUACUUACGAACCCAUCCAUUUCCCAGAAAGCCAAAUACUGUAAAGCGCUGAUUCGGCACAACACACUGAUCUGCUUCUCGUUCUAUCUGCUGGGUGUUGGCUACUUUGGACUCCUGCCGGACACGAACUUCAAUUCCGGUACGUACUUUUCGGAAAAUGCUCUCCUGCCGGGGCUGGUGUAUUCGGAGCUCAAGGCGGAAACCGUAAGUCUCGCCAAGACGUAUGCCGCGGAGUUGGACCGAGAGCGGGAAAAUCACCGGACCGGAAUGCCGUAUGCUUGGCUGUUGGCGAAGAUGCGGAAGAUCGGUCUGGAAACGCAUACGCAUAAUUUUACGCUGAAUUAUCCGCUCGGUGGAGGGAAGGUUUUCAAGGGUAAAAAUGUGUAUGGGAUUUUGCGAGCUCCGAGGAUCGGGUCGACGGAGGCGUUCGUGAUUUCUGUGCCGUACCGACCACCGGAAACAGUUCACAUGGACGUAGCGGCGGGAGUGCCACUGAUUUUGGCAUUUGCAGAUUUUGCACGAAAGCAGAAGUACUGGGCCAAGGAUAUCAUUUUCCUGAUAACCGAGCAGGAGCAGCUGGGAAUGCAGGCUUGGCUGGAAGCUUAUCAUGGCUCCGACGACAAUCGGGUGUUAAAUGCGGGCUCCUUAGACGGGCGGGCUGGAGCGAUUCAAGCUGCCAUUAAUUUGGAAGUUCAGAGUUUUGAUGUGGACCAUAUUAACUUGAAGGUCGAGGGAUUGAACGGUCAGCUGCCGAAUUUGGAUUUACAUAAUCUGGCACAGAAGCUGUCGCAAAAGAAUGGAAUUGCGGCGGCUUAUCGAUUGUCCGCAACUAAUCAGAAAAAGCCAAUUACCUACGGUGAGAAGCUGCAGAACCUUCUGGCAAUGGUGCUGGGUCAGUCGUCGGGGGUUCCAAAUGGCAAUCAUGGGCUGUUCCAUCGUUAUGGGAUCGAGGCUCUGACUCUGGAAUGUGUGAAGCGCAACGGAAAUCAACGAAACUCGGCUGGAGUAGGAGCGUUGUUGAAGAUUGUGGAAGGAAUCAGUCGGAGUUUGAAUAAUUUGCUGGAACGGUUUCAUCAGAGCUACUUUUUCUAUCUGCUGGUGACGCAUGAUCGAUUCGUGUCCAUCGGCGAUUACAUGCCCAGUUUGGCGCUGAUGGUCGGAGCAUUGCUGAUUAAGUCGUUCAUACACUAUCUGGGUUUGUAUUACUCGGAUGAUGCUGGUCAGGAAAACACUGGUUCGGAGGAGGAUGACGAAACGGAACCACUGGAAAAGCCAAAGCAUUCUUAUAUUUCAGUAGGAAUUGUAUUGUUAUUGGCCCACGGAAUAGGGGCUAUGACUACGGUUUUGCCGUUUAAUGCUGCCCUGAAUGGGUACCUUCAUGAUUCAAAUCUUUCGACUCAGUUUAGCCUUUUCGCCAUCAUGGCGUGCAUCUCAGUGUUGGUGCUAAUCCUCCCAGGUUUCAUCACGUUGGAUGCCCUGAAUGCCGAAAUUCUUCGGAUAGCCGUUCUGUUGGAACUGGGAACAGCACUGUUAACAGUAGGAAUGCUGAAUUUCUCUCUCGGAUGGGUACUUUCGGUUGCGAUAGUCCCGGUAGUAUUGAUGUUACAGCCACUUAAACGUGGCUUCACCAGAGGGUUAUCACGUAUAUUAUGCAUCACAAUUCAUCCUUUGGUGGUGGUUUAUAUAGUUCUGUUUUGUGUAACUUGUAAUCUAUUCCCUGAAUUGUCCUUAAAGGAACAAAUGAAAAAGGCGAUUACUGGAACAAUGGACGGAAUUACUUAUUCUGUUGUUGAUUCGAUGAUCUACGGUAAUUGGCUGUUUGAUUUGGUGGCGUUAGUCUUGAUGCCAUCGUGGACCAUGCUGUGGGUUUUGAUGUUUGUAACAAAACCUUCAAAUAAUGUUCAAAUACAAAAAGCCGAAUGCGAAUCAGAACUUUUGGAGGAGAAAAAAAUACAGCAAUAGUUAGGGUAGAUUAUUCGGAAAAUAGCUACCAAAGAACUGAGUCAACAAACGAUAUCUAAAA